ACUCUGACAGGAGAACAGUGGGUUAAUAGGCGGCAUUUUCAGUCAGAUGUUUAAAAGUGGAAACAAUUUAAUGAGGAAUGAAGGGAAAAAUGGCUGAAUUGUUGUUGUGUUCACUGACCUUUCUCCUGGUGUUCUCCUGCACUGAAGCUCAACACAGGGACGGGAAACCCGACACAGGCUUGCGCGCGCUCAACUUCUCGGCGGCGCGCCCCCGCGGCGCGCCCCCGCCCAUGUGCACGGGCCCCACAGGUGUCCGCGACGCGUUCAAGUACAUCAACGCUGCCGUGUCGUGUCUCGUGCUCGUCAUGGGGCUCGUGGGCAACUCGGCACUGCUGCGGAUCAUCUACUCGAACGAGCGCAUGCGCAGCGGGCCCAACCUGCUCAUCGCGAGCCUCGCGCUCGGUGACCUCGUGCAUGUCGUCAUCGGCAUCCCGAUUAACAUGUACAAGCUUCUGGCUGAAGAUUGGCCUUUUGGUGUUGGAGUCUGCAAACUGGUUCCUUUUGUGCAGAAGGCAUCAGUUGGCAUCACAGUCUUGAGUUUGUGUGCAUUAAGCAUAGACAGAUACCGUGCUGUAGCAUCCUGGAGCCGCAUCAAAGGAAUCGGAGUGUCCAAGUGCGCAACCAUCGAGAUCAUAUUGAUAUGGUUGCUGUCCAUCGUUCUGGCAGUGCCUGAGGUCAUCGCCUUUGACAUAAUCACUAUGGAUUAUAAAGGAGAUCACUUGAGGAUCUGCCUGCUGCAUCCUAUGCAAAAGAGCCAGUUCAUGAAGUUUUAUAAGUCAGCAAAAGACUGGUGGCUCUUCGGCUUUUACUUCUGCAUGCCACUGGCCUGCACUGCCAUCUUCUACUCUCUCAUGACCUGUGAAAUGCUGCGAAAGAAGGACAGUGUGCAGAUUGCGCUGAACGACCACUUGAAACACAGACGCGAAGUGGCCAAGACCGUGUUCUGCUUGGUGUUGGUCUUUGCUCUGUGUUGGUUGCCUCUGCACCUGAGCCGUAUUCUCAAGCUCACCCUUUAUAAUGAGGAUGAUCCAAACCGCUGUGAGCUUCUGAGCUUCUUCCUGGUCCUUGAUUACAUUGGGAUCAACAUGGCUUCAGUGAAUUCAUGCAUCAACCCAAUAGCUUUAUAUAUGGUCAGCAAACGGUUUAAGAGGUGCUUCAGGUCUUGUCUGUGUUGCUGGUGUCUGCCUCCAGUGGAUGAAGAGCAGUCCUGCAUGAAGCUGAAAUCGGCAGAACGGGGGUCAGAACAAAGCAGCAGCCGAGUCACAAACAAGUACACUUCAGUUUAAGUGCUAAUCUGAAGGCAAUUCUGUAUUUACAAAGAGUACUGGUUGUAAUACACACUUGUUGACUUCCAAUCACCACUCAGAAAUGUGUAUCUUCUGUGCCACUGGUAGCAUGUGUGACGAGGUCAUCUCGAAGAGUAGGUUAGAAGACACUUAAAUUGUAAAUAGUCAUAUUGUCUUGCUAACUAGUAUACCAUUAUUAGUUCCAGUUCUCAUAUAUAAAUGACAAUAAAAUCAAAUUCACAUGUAGCAUAUCAAAUGAAACACACCAUGUUCUUAAAAUCACCAUGAUGAUGACAUAAUCUCUUCAACGUCCAAGGGGCCAUUUCAAACACUUCACUAGAGCUAGUAAUGUAAUAAUGUUUAGAUGGAGAUGAGGAUACCCAACAGGUGGUGAAGGUAUGUUGACAAGGGCAUAUUAAAACUAUACACCGAUGAGCCAUAACAUUAAAACCAAUGACAGGUGAAAUGAAUAACAUUGCUUCUCUCGUUACAAUGGCACCUGUCAAGGGGUGGGACAUAUGUAUUAGGUAGCAAGUGAACAAUCAGUUCUCAAAGUUGUUGUUUUGAAAGUAGGAAAAAUGGACAAGUGUAAGGAUCUGGAGUGGGUUUCCCAAAAGCCUCUUAAUGCUAAGAGCAUCUUAACUAGGAGAGAGAGUGUUCAUUGUGAUGCUCGCGCUACCAUUUAACAAUGAUCUUUGUGCUACGAUACUUUUGGGAAACCCACCCCUGAGCAACUUUGACU